UAUCGAAUAUAACAAUUGAAUCUUAUGCUUUGUCAACUUCAGGAAGGUCGUAGCUAAAUAGUUGAACAUACUGCUAGUUGUAGAAUAUUCGAAAUGGCGAAGAUUUUGGACCUUCCGGACGAUGUCUUUGAGAUCAUCUACAGAUACCUAGUCAGAAUGAAUGACAAGCUGGCGUAUCACUGGUGUCGUCAAACUCGGAUUCCCAUUUCAAUGCCAGUGGCAGCUAGAUUGAGACUGGUCUGCCGAAAAUGGGCAGACUGGUUAUACAUUCAUCACUUAUAUCAUACGUUGACGUUUAAUAAUGCUUCGCGAGCGACAAAGUUCCUCAAUCAAAUGACUAAACGUUCGAACCUCCUUCCGCGCGCAAGAUGCCAACGCUUGAUAGUUGAUUGCCUUUGGACUGCAACGGGUACAACUCAGGGCUUGGAAUCACUGCUAAUCAACUCUACCGUGUUGGAAGCUUUGAUUACGCUAUUUCGUGAUACAAUUGUCAAACUCGAUCUCGAAUUCGCACAUUUUUUCUCGCUGCAUAUUCGAACCAUCAGACUUAUAGGGCGUGUUGAAAACUUAAGCGUCCUUCGAUUAGGUCUCCAGUUUCCGGAAUGGAUCACGACGAAGGAAAGACUUCCAACACACGUUGAUCCCAGAACUUAUCACCACGAUUCCGAUUGUCUGCGCUCAAUGAUCGUGAUAGCGCGACAACUGAAGUCACUUGAUUUGACCAAGUUGGAUCCUAUUUUCCUAUCGAAUGAUUUCGGAUCAAGCCUGGCUAUCUAUCGACUUCCUGCAAUUACUCAACUAGACAUCAACAUAGAGUGGCCGAGCUUGGACGGCAUCUUGAGCCUUGCUAUUGCGCUCCAGCGGACUCUCAAAGUACUUUCAAUAACUGGCUUUGCCAACGAAUCUGAUGGCGAAAGGCUUCUACCGGUCUUCACUCAUCUCAAAGGAACUCUUGAAGGUCUCUUUCUAACGAGCGAAACGAUAUUGAAACCGAUCCUCAAGUUCAAAUUUCCCAAACUACGCGUCUUUACUAUCCACCAAUGGAGCGUUCCUCUGAGCAGUUUUUUGGGCCAAGAGAUGUUCUCGUCCGCACCGAUACAAGUCCUUGCUCUUGAUUCCGAUGUAGUCCAUUCCGAACCUACUCUUUUGGUUGACCCGUUUGCAAAGUUGCCCAAGUUGAGACGGCUAGCAUUUCUGAAUUCCCAUUUGGAUUAUUCACCCCCGCCAGUGUACGAGAAAGUGUGCAGAUAUCAUCGGGUAGAAUGUGUUUAUCUUAACCAUGCUAAUGUAUCCAAGAUAAUGAAUUUAUAAAUCGAUUUACAACCCAGUCAAAAGCAAUUUUUGUCAAUGUUUAUUUUGAUUUAUGUUCCUGUUACACACAACUGUCUGACUCUGAACCCAGCAUUUACUAUGGAGAGUUUCACUGAAAUUAUAAUUAUAAAGACUG